AUGUUCGUGAUGUCGAUCAGUCGUCAGCAGUUCUUGAAUGGGACGAGCCGUCAUCUUUGGGUGGCCGACGGGAAGUUUGGUACGAGUGGGAAUGUUCGAGAGGCGACUUGCUCGAACAUAAUCGCAACACCAGCAGAUAAAAAGCUCAUGUCGAGAACCUUGAGAUUGUCAGGACUGAAACCGGACACGGAGUACUCGUUCAAUAUUUUCGCCAAGAAUAGCGUGUCCAAGUUCACAGACGCACCGGCUUAUCGAGUAAUAGAUCUCCGAACGGCACCGUUAACGCGCUACGUUGUAAGUGGUCUUCGGGUAGAGAGCGAACAAAAAGAUGGAAUAACCCUGGCAUGGCUCUCACCAGCCGUCUCUAAAAAGGUUAAAUAUGAGAUUGAAAUGGAAUCCAAGAUUGGCAAGGCGGUGGUUACACUCACGGAGCAUACGUAUCACACAUCGCUCAAUAUGAGUCCGGGGAUCCCAUAUCGUUUCAGGGUUCGCGUUAAUGUGGAUGGCUGGGGAGAAUGGAGUGAUCCGCUAUGGUACGAGAUCGGUCGCGGAAUUGUCCAACAACAUCAGGGACCUGAAACGACGCCAUUGGGCUCGCUACCAGGAUGGGUGGUGUUGAUGGCGAUGGUGCUAUUUGUCUUACUCCUCGGCUCCUUAGUUAUUCUCUGUCGUCGCAAAUCGCAUAAUCGGAAGCAAAUGAGUGAUUUGGACGUGCUAGAUACCUAUAAACAAGACACGAUGACACCCGACUACAGUUCCGGUAAUCGUCAAUUCACGGACGCAUUCCGGUCUGCCGGAAAACUGAAUGCACCACUUAUACCGUCCUACGGAGGAAGCUCUGUCUCUCAACCACCACCUUAUUACGGUAGUGGUGGAGCUGCAGCCACUGCAUAUAAGCCCUACGUCGAUCCGACUGCUUACGAGGAUCCGAAUCAGGCUCUGGUCGAGUUCACGUUCGACAUCGAUCCUGCAGCCGUGUUUAUCACGGAAGUGAUUGGUGGAGGAGAAUUUGGCGAUGUGUGCAAAGGAGGCCUCAAGAGAAACAUGGUCGGAGGAGGAAUCGCCAACAGCAUAUUUGACAACGAGAUUGACGUGGUCGCCAUAAAGACCUUAAAACCAGGCAGCAGCCCCAAAGCAAAAGCCGAUUUUCUGUUGGAAGCGUCAAUUAUGGGACAGUUUUCCCAUCCGAAUGUGAUUCGCUUAAUUGGAGUGGUUACUCGUUCAGAACCUGCAAUGAUCGUGACAAGAAUUCAUGUCGAAAUGGCUCUUUGGACCAUUUACUUCGUGGAAAAGACGCCCGUGGUGGCGUGGUGA